CUCUCAUCAAGGCUCCACACUUUCUUUCUAUUGGACUGGGACCCUCCUUAAUCAUCCACCCCAUCCUUUCCUUUAGUUUGAACCAACGCUCCACCUCAGACACUGGCCACCGUCUCGACUCGCGCAUCCCACCUAACACCGCCCGCAGACUGGGAGCUGCCGCCGCCGCCGCGGAGCAGGGGACUCGAUGGGAUUCGACGGGCUGGUCGUCGUGUCCGACCCUUACCUGCAGCGCCGCUUCACGCAGGCGGACCUCCGCGCGCUCCAGGCACAGUACGCGGGGCUGCGUGACACGGCGCCUACCGGCAGGCUGCGGCUGCGGGACCUCCCCGCCGCGCUGACCGGCCUGGGGAGCCCCACCGCUAUGGCCGCCGGUAAAGGGGAAGCGCUGCGCGGGGACGCCGGGAAAGAGAACAGCUCGCCGCCCGAGCGGGCGCUUACGGACGAGGAGUGGUCCUCCGUGCUCACGGCUGUCUCCCGCGCCGACGAGAAACCACAGCUCGACGUCAACUUUGAGCUCUUCCUGCGCGUCUACGCCGAGAUGCAGCUGCGGCUCAAGGGCGGGAAGAAGGCGCGCGAGCGCGACGGCGGCCAAGGCAUUAAGCGCUCCUCCUCCUCGUCUGCCGCCUUCCUCACGGCGUCCACCACCACGCUGCUGCACACCAUCAGCGAAUCUGAGAAGGCUUCCUACGUGGGCCACAUCAAUGCCUACCUCGCCGAGGAUCCGUUCCUCAAGAACGCGCUGCCCGUCGAUCCGGCCACCAACCAGCUCUUCCACCUCACUAAAGACGGCGUGUUGCUAUGUAAGCUCAUCAACUUGGCCGUUCCGGGGACCAUCGACGAGCGUGCUAUCAACACCAAGAGGCUGCUUAACUUGUGGGAGAAAAACGAGAACCACACCCUCUGUCUCAACUCUGCCAAGGCCAUCGGGUGCACUGUUGUCAAUAUCGGCACGCAGGAUCUCGCAGAGGGGAGGCCUCAUCUUAUCCUAGGGCUGAUAUCUCAGAUUAUCAAGAUACAACUAUUGGCAGAUGUAAACCUGAAGAGCACACCUCAGUUGGUCGAAUUGGUUCAAGACAGCCAGGAGAUGGAGGAGCUUAUGAGCCUUUCUCCUGAAAAAAUACUACUAAGGUGGAUGAACUUUCAGCUGAAGAAAGGAGGUUUCCAGAGAACAGUAACAAAUUUUUCAUCGGAUAUAAAAGACAGUGAGGCAUAUGCUUGCUUGUUAAAUGUCCUGGCUCCAGAAUGCAGUGCUAAACCAUCGCCAAUGUCAGUAAAAGAUCUUCUUCAUAGAGCAAGAUUAGUUCUUGAGCAUGCGGAUAGGAUGGGCUGCAAAAGAUAUCUGGCCCCGAAAGACAUAGUUGAUGGUUUACAAAAUCUAAAUCUCGCCUUUGUGGCUCAUAUUUUUCAAAAAAGGAAUGGGUUGUCGAAACAAAUGAAGCAAGUUUCGUUUGUGGAUGGAGUAUCUGAUGAUGCUCAAGUUUCAAGGGAAGAGAGGUCAUUUAGGCUAUGGAUUAACAGCCUUGGAAUUUCUACAUAUAUAAACAAUGUAUUCGAAGAUCUUAGAAAUGGAUGGGUGCUCCUUGAGGUCAUGGAUAAGGUUGCUCCUGGUUCAGUUAAUUGGAAGUUUGCAAACCGACCCCCAAUAAAACUUCCAUUCAGAAAAGUUGAAAACUGUAAUCAACUUCUGAAGAUAGGAAAGGAAAUAAAAUUUUCCUUGGUGAAUAUUGCUGGUCAUGAUAUUGUGCAAGGAAACAAGAAACUGAUAUUAGCUUUUCUCUGGCAAUUGAUGCGGUACAACAUACUACAACUGUUGAAGAAUCUUAGAUUUCAUUCGAAUGGGAAGGAGAUCACAGAUAAUGACAUACUAUUAUGGGCUAACAAAAAGGUUAAGGAUUCUGGAAGACAGUCUCAAAUGGGAAGUUUCAAGGAUAGAAGCCUUUCAAGUGGCAUAUUUUUUGUCAACUUACUAAGUGCUGUGGAGCCUCGCGUUGUGAAUUGGAGCCUUGUAACCAAAGGAGAAAAAGAUGAAGAAAAACAAAUGAAUGCUUCCUACAUCAUCUCUGUGGCUAGAAAGCUUGGUUGCUCCAUCUUCUUGCUGCCAGAGGAUAUAACGGAGGUGAGGCAUUUGAUUGAAUUCUUGGAAGCCAAAACUAGUUUCAUACUCCCUCCGACCCUGAAUCAUCAGCUGUCAACCAGAAGAUGAUGCUGACUUUGACAGCAAGCAUCAUGUAUUGGCAUUUGAAAAGGCCAACAUCAUAUUCACUGGACCCUGACAACAGUAGUUUGUGUGAGACAAGUUCUAUCUCAACUUCAGAUGACUCCGCAUCUGAAUCAUCAAUUGAUGAUAGCGGAACUAGAUAGAUGAAAUUGCAUGGUCUGACUGCUAUUUCAGGACUCGAGAUUCUAUAUUCUUGAUUCUUUGCUAUAAAUUGGAGAGCAGACGCAUUCAAGAAUGAAGGGGAGAAUGGUGAAAGAGUUUUGUUUGUUUCAUUUGAGGUUCUGUAGUGUGCAAAUUGAUUUGGUGAGUAAUGUACAACAUCCUGUAAAUAUUGACACAGGUAGCAAGUAUAUGUAACAUCAUAUAGUGGCAGUUGUUUAUUCAAAAUCCAACCGCAUUGAUUAGUUUGUUGAGCAAUUUUGCUCAGGCGACGCCGGUGACUCAUGUAGUAAUUUUUGGCCAUGAUUUAAA